AUGGGGGUGCCGCUGCUGCUAACGUGGCUAAAGCGACGCUUUGCCCCGUGUUUUUUGUCAAGCAGCAGCUGCCCAGCCGCAGAUUGUCUGUAUAUUGAUGUCAAUGGCUUGGUGUACCAAGCUGCCGCCCUUGCAACUGCCAGUGAGGCAUCCGCGGUGGACAUUGACGCCGCCAUUUUGCGAAAACUGUUUGACAUUAUUGACGACAUCGUGUUGCGUCUUGUACGCCCACGCUUUUUGGUGUACUUGGCUGUGGACGGCAUAUCCCCAAUGGGCAAGCUCGCCCAGCAGCGUUCCCGGCGGCGACGUCGUAGCGGCGGUGGAUCGCGUGGGAGAAACGCCGUUGAGUGGGACAGCAACAGCAUCAGCGUCGGCACGCCUUUUAUGUCGCGACUGACAGAAGCGCUGCAUUUCUACUGCGCCAGCCGUGCGGAGCGCAUUAACGGAGAGCGCUUGCGGGAUGAGCUGCAACAGGUCGCGCGAGGCAACACAACAGGGGGAGAUGUCCCCGUUACCCCAAUCACGUUUAUUGUAGAUGACGUCUGGCGACCGGGUGAAGGGGAAAGUAAAAUAGCGGACGCCAUUCGACGUUUCCGCUCACAGUCAACUUACGAUCCAAACACGUCUCACGUUAUCUGCAGCUCUGACACGGAUGUGACGGUGUGCUCCUUGAUCCUUCACGAGCCACGCAUACACGUCCUCCGGUACGAGUGUUCCCCAAGUCAUCACAGCGGCGGCGCUAGUCGUGGUGGUGACAGCGGUAGUUGGCGGAAUCAAGUGGGUGACGCGUGGGCCUCGACGUUUUUUAGCAUUCACGCCUUUCGUGAGGAGUUGCGAAACAAACU